GUGGCGUCACACAGCUCACAGCAACCUCCAACUCCUGGGCUUAGGCGAUUCUCCUGCCUCAGCCUCCCGAGUAGCUGGGACUACAGGCGCCCCCCACAACGCCCGGCUAUUUUUUUGUUGCAGUUUGGCCGGGGCUGGGUUUGAACCCGCCACCCUCGGCAUAUGGGGCCGGCGCCCUGCUCACUGAGCCACAGGCGCCGCCCCAUGGACUUGAUUCCUUUUCUCAUCCAGUCUUUUAAACUUCUGAUUUCAUGUGCUAUCUUAAUUAAAUUAAAUUCGUGUUUGCUAUGGUUACAACUGUAUUGUAACCCAUCUCUUCACAUUCUUUUAUUUAUCUUUUUUUUUUACAGUCUCACUUUGUUACCCUGGGUAGAGUACUCCGGCGUCAUAGCUCACAGUAACCUCAAAUUCUUGGGCUCGAGCGAUUCUUUUGCCUCUGCCUCUCAAGUAGCUGGGACUACAGGUGACUACCACAAUGCCCAGCUAUUUUUUAGAGAUGUGUGUGUGUGUGUGUGUGUGUGUGUCUCAGGAUUCCUCAGGCUAGUAUUGAACUCGUGAGCUCAGGGAAUCUACCCACUUCGUCAUCCCAGAGUGCUAGGAUUACAGGCGUGAGUCACCGUGCCUGGCCUUACAUUCUUUAUCUUUUAAACUAAAACCCAUCUCCCCCCAAAUUCCUUUUCUUCAUACCUAAAAAUCAUAAGACAAACUUCCAAAACAUCAAAAUGCAAGGGGCUAACUGAACACUAAAAUACAAAAACGUAAAAAAUAUUCUUGCUUUCAAACACCUAUAAACAUUGCCAACGGAUUUUUUUCCUUGUGUGCCCAAGUUAUAAUAAUUGUAAUAAAAUUAAGAAUUAAGAGUCCAAUCAUAAUAGUUUACAAGUCUCCAAAUCCAGAAAGAGAACCUUACCUUCAAGCUCCUAAUCCGAAAAUUCUAGGAUUGCAGGAGGUUAUCUCCCCCAAAGUUCAGAGUUGAGGGUCCUAGCAAUAGCAACAUAGCUUGUCACCACACCAAAUGAUUUUUAGCACCUCCCAUCAAUUGACUACCGACUGCGAAAAGUAAGGACUUAAUUCCUAGCAAAAUUAUCUCUCGAGCUGAACACUCCUGAAAUCCGGCUUUCUGAACUCGCAGAGGCAGGGAGAGAUCAGAGGCACACCAGAGAAAAAGGAAGAACAAAACGGAACAAGUUAAGACAAAGUCUUCGAGGCAGAGACGGUCGCUACCUCGGCCAGACCAGAUUUUGAGGUCCGGGGUGGGGGUUCUUCCCGGACAACCAUAGAGCACCCGAGUUCACUAAGGCGACACUUCGGAGACACUCCCCAAGUAGUUGGCUAAGCCCGUAGCCGCGCCCCGCAGAGCUCUGACCUCUAAAGAGGGUCGCUUGGCAAUCCCGCCCCGUCGUCUCACGUUAGCGCCUUUGAUUGGUUCAAAGAAUGGAUCCCUCAAUGUGGCUAGCCCAAUGGAGAGCCCGGCCGGUAGCCCAGCCGCCCCGCCCCUCUCUUACCCCCUGCGGAGGCCCCGCCCCCUGCUCCGCACAGGGGAGCGGAGGAGAGUAAAUACAACAGGAGCGCAAAAUGGCGGAACCGCUGAUCCCUGUACACGGUGCCGCCACGACCGCCGCUACCGCCUCGGAGAAAGAACCGUUCGGCAAACUGCAGCCCUCCUCCCGGGACCCACUGGGUUCUCUGUCUGCUAAGAAGGUCCGGACUGAGGAGAAGAAGGCGCCGCGGAGAGUGAACGGAGAAGGGGGCAGCGGCGGGAACAGCAGGCAGCUGCAGCCGCCGGCGGCACCUUCUCCUCAGAGCUAUGGUAGCCCUGCGUCUUGGAGCUUCGCCACUCUGUCGGCUGCCCCCUCCCCGUCCUCUUCUCGGAGCAGUUUCUCUUUCUCCGUUGGCACGGUCGUUCCCUCUUCAGCCUCCGCUUCCUUGUCUCAGCCAGUGCCGCGCAAACUGCUGGUCCCUCCUACGCUGCUGCACGCUCAGCCUCACCAUCUCCUGCUGCCGGCCGCCGCUUCCUCGGCCAACGCCAAGUCGCGCAGACCUAAGGAGAAGCGAGAGAAAGAGAAGAGGAGGCACAGCCUCGGCGGGGCGAGUGAGGCUGGCGGGGCCGCCCGGGAGGAGAACGGCGAGGUGAAGCAGCUGCCGCGAGAUAAAAUCAAAGACAAAAUUAAAGAGAGAGACAAAGAAAAAGAAAGAGAGAAAAAGAAACAUAAAGUAAUGAAUGAGAUCAAGAAAGAGAAUGGAGAAGUAAAGAUUUUGCUGAAAAGUGGGAAGGAGAAACCAAAAACAAAUGUAGAAGACUUACAAGUUAAAAAGGUAAAGAAGAAAAAGAAAAAGAAACACAAAGAGAAUGAAAAACGGAAGCGUCCAAAAAUGUAUAGCAAAUCUAUUCAGACCAUCUGCUCAGGAUUGUUAUCUGAUAUUGAAGAUCAAGAAGCCAAAGGAAUUCUAAAUGAUAGCAUAAAGGAUUAUAUUGGAAAGAAUUUGGAUACUAAGAACUAUGAUCCCAAAAUUCCAGAGAACAGUGAGUUUCCGUUUGUCUCAUUAAAGGAGCCACGAGUUCAGAAUAACCUGAGAAGGUUGGAUACUUUGGAAUUCAAACAACUCAUUCAUAUUGAGCACCAGCCCAAUGGAGGCGCAUCAGUUAUCCACGCCUACAGUAACGAACUCUCCCACCUGUCUCCUGUGGAGAUGGAGAGAUUUGCAGAAGAGUUUGUGAGUCUAGUAUUCAGUGAAAAUGAAAACUCUGCAGCUUUCUAUGUAAUGGGUAUUGUUCAUGGGGCAGCUACUUAUUUACCUGACUUUUUAGACUACUUUUCAUUUAAUUUUCCCAAUUCACCAGUGAAAAUGGAGAUAUUGGGAAAGAAAGAUAUAGAGACAACAACUAUGUCUAAUUUUCAUGCUCAGGUAAAAAGAACGUAUUCUCAUGGUACUUACAGAGCUGGCCCAAUGCGACAAAUAAGCUUGGUGGGAGCAGUUGAUGAAGAAGUGGGAGAUUACUUCCCUGAGUUCCUCGACAUGUUGGAAAAUUCACCAUUUUUAAAAUGUACACUGCCAUGGGGGACACUAUCUAGUCUAAAAUUAGAGAGUAGAAAAGAUAGUGAUGAUGGUCCCAUCAUGUGGGUGCGUCCAGGAGAACAAAUGAUCCCUGUGGCUGACAUGCCAAAGUCACCUUUCAAAAGGAAAAGAACUACCAAUGAAAUAAAAAACCUUCAGUACCUACCUCGAACCAGUGAGCCCCGUGAAAUGCUCUUUGAAGACAGGACAAGAGCUCAUGCAGAUCAUAUAGGACAGGGUUUUGAACGACAGACUACAGCUGCUGUUGGAGUGCUGAAGGCUGUGCACUGUGGAGAGUGGCCUGAUCAACCCCGAAUAACCAAAGAUGUAAUUUGUUUUCAUGCUGAAGAUUUUUUAGAAGUUGUUCAACGAAUGCAAUUAGAUUUACAUGAACCACCACUGUCCCAGUGUGUCCAGUGGGUUGAUGAUGCAAAACUUAAUCAACUGAGGAGGGAAGGCAUUCGCUAUGCCAGGAUUCAGCUGUAUGAUAAUGACAUUUAUUUUAUUCCAAGGAAUGUUGUUCAUCAGUUCAAGACCGUUUCAGCUGUAUGCAGUUUAGCAUGGCAUGUUAGGCUCAAAUUAUAUCACUUGGAAGCAGACACUUCCCAGAGCACUCAUGAAACAGGGACAUCAUCAGAUUUUGCAUCAUCAGUUCUUGGACUUCACACUGACACCACCAUUUGUGCUGUAAGAAAAUCCUCCUUGGAUUCUGUUUUUUCAGAUAAACUUCAUUCUAAAUAUGAAUUACAGCAGAUUAAACAUGAACCUACUACAUCUUUAAGAAUCAAGGAAGAACCUGUGAAUGUUAAUAUUCCUGAAAAGACUAGAGCACCGAAUAACAUGGAUGGCAAGAAUGUGAGAACAAAAUUGGAUCAUGUUCAAUUUGCAGAAUUUAAGAUUAACACGGAUUCUAAAUUUGAAAAUAACAAAGAUUUAAGGGAAGAAUUGCACUCUGGGAGUCUCAUAAGUCUGGUUGAUUCAAGGCAACGUAGUUCAGCACACUCAAAUCAAGAUAGAAAAGAUGAUGACAUUUUGUGCUGAAUUUGUAUAUACCAUUUAAAAUUCUUUUUCAAAAAAAUUUAAUAAUGUAAUAAAGAUUCAUGAAUUCUGAAAGCAAGCCAAGGACUUGCUCCCAAGUCUGUUACAAAAUAUAGUGUAUGUAGCUUUGUAACAUUCCUCAGUGCCUGUCCAUAACUGUGAAGUAUCAAGCACUUAGGGCCAGAUGCACUGUAAACAUUGCAGGUUUAAACUUAAAAAAGUCUUUAAAAAAAUCAUUUGAGUUGGAGUUAUAGGUUUUAGAAUAGAGCUGGCAUUAACGUAUAUAUAUAUAUAUUUUGUAAUAUGAGCCAGAAUUCUCUUUUGACAAUUUAAGGCUUUUCCAUAGAGCUUAUUUAUACCAUUUUUUUUUUAUUUUAAAUGUGUCAGCACUGUAGUGUAAAUAGCUUUUUAAAAAUCUUUUUAGUGUGAUUUAUACUGAAAUGUGAGCCACUUAAUAAAGGUUCAUAAUAAUAAAUAUGUUUUCUGUUGAGUCUGCAAAGACAAA